GUUCUGUAUUUUCCUUCCCCACUAGACCGCAGACUCUCAGCUGUUGCUGGUACUACUGCGCUUAUCUACAGGGCCUCAGAAGGAGCCGGAGUCCCUGGUUGAGCGCUCAGUACACAGGGUGCGAACCAAUCAGUGCAAGAAUGAACGUGCCACCGGGUCUUGCAUGCUUGCAAAGUGCUUCUCCAAGCUGAUUUUGCUUUUCGUGCCCAGGCAGCUUCCGUGAAUUGCACGGUAGAGGUCAAUAGUUUCUGCGGGUCCGUGGGGAGCCAAUGGAAGGAGGAUGAGAAAUGCAGUCCCACCGCACUCGGGCUGCCCGCGUCCGGCGACAAGCGAGGGAUCCGACAGCUUCUGCACCUCCCGGAAGCGGCUGCGCCGGCCCCGCCCCUCGGGAGGUGGGCGUGGCAUCAUGAAUAAUGAAUCGCGCCGGGGAAGGGCCGGGCCCGCCCCUCCGGGCGGGAAGGGGGAAGCGCUGAGGCUGCCUGACUGGAAUGAGGGUAGCUGUGGCGACUGCGGCGGCUGGAGAGGGGCCGGCCAUGGCGGUGUGGACGCGGGCCACCAAAGCUGGGCUGGUGGAGCUACUCCUGAGGGAGCGCUGGGUCCGAGUGGUGGCGGAACUGAGCGGGGAGAGCCUGAGCCUGACUGGCGACGGCGCCGCGGCCGAGCUGGAGCCCGCUCUGGGACCCGCGGCGGCCGCCUUCAACGGCCUUCCGAACGGCGGCGGCGCCGGCGACUCGCUGCCUGGGAGCCCGAGCCGCGGCCUGGGGCCCCCGAGCCCACCGGCGCCGCCUCGGGGCCCCGCGGGUGAGGCGGGCGCGUCGCCGCCCGUGCGCCGUGUGCGGGUGGUGAAGCAAGAGGCGGGCGGCCUGGGCAUCAGCAUCAAGGGCGGCCGCGAGAACCGGAUGCCGAUCCUCAUCUCCAAGAUCUUCCCGGGGCUGGCCGCCGACCAGAGCCGGGCGCUGCGGCUGGGCGACGCCAUCCUGUCGGUGAACGGCACCGACCUGCGCCAGGCCACCCACGACCAGGCCGUGCAGGCGCUGAAGCGCGCGGGCAAGGAGGUGCUGCUGGAGGUCAAGUUCAUCCGAGAAGUAACGCCAUACAUCAAGAAGCCAUCAUUAGUAUCAGACCUGCCGUGGGAAGGUGCAGCUCCCCAGUCACCAAGCUUUAGUGGCAGUGAGGACUCUGGUUCACCAAAACACCAGAACAGUACCAAGGACAGAAAGAUCAUCCCUCUCAAAAUGUGCUUUGCUGCCAGAAACCUAAGCAUGCCGGAUCUGGAAAACAGAUUGAUAGAGCUACAUUCUCCUGAUAGCAGGAACACGUUGAUCCUACGCUGCAAAGAUACAGCCACAGCACACUCCUGGUUCGUAGCUAUCCACACCAACAUAAUGGCUCUCCUCCCACAGGUAUUGGCUGAACUCAACGCCAUGCUUGGGGCAACCGGUGCAGCAGGAGGCAGUAAAGAGGUCAAGCAUAUUGCCUGGCUGGCAGAACAGGCAAAACUAGAUGGUGGAAGACAACAAUGGAGACCUGUCCUCAUGGCUGUGACUGAGAAGGAUUUGCUGCUCUAUGACUGUAUGCCAUGGACAAGAGAUGCCUGGGCAUCACCAUGUCACAGCUACCCACUUGUUGCCACAAGGUUGGUUCAUUCUGGCUCCGGAUGUCGAUCCCCCUCCCUUGGAUCUGACCUUACGUUUGCUACCAGGACAGGCUCUCGACAGGGCAUUGAGAUGCAUCUCUUCAGGGUGGAGACACAUCGGGAUCUAUCAUCCUGGACCAGGAUACUUGUUCAGGGUUGCCAUGCUGCUGCUGAGCUGAUCAAGGAAGUUUCUCUAGGCUGUAUGUUAAAUGGCCAAGAGGUGAGACUUACUAUUCACUAUGAAAAUGGGUUCACCAUCUCCAGGGAAAAUGGAGGCUCCAGCAGCAUACUGUACCGCUACCCCUUUGAAAAGCUGAAAAUGUCUGCUGAUGAUGGCAUCCGAAAUCUGUACUUGGAUUUUGGUGGUCCCGAGGGAGAACUGACCAUGGACCUGCACUCUUGUCCAAAGCCGAUUGUGUUUGUGUUGCACACGUUCUUAUCGGCCAAAGUCACUCGUAUGGGACUGCUUGUAUGAGCAACAAAAAAUCAGAAAAGGACCUUGACUGUCACAAGAAAUAUUUCCACCUUGGAAAAAAAAAGCACAAAAGAAAACUCUUUGCUCUCUCCUUCAGCACAGUGCCUUCCCAAGGACCUGCAAAUCACUGCUGAACCAUAACCAUGUUUAAAGAAGAGCCUACCUUUCACAGUCUACCUUGGCCAGAUAUUCUAGGACUCUAAAACGCUCGAAAAUGGAGCUGUUGAUUUUCUUGUUUCAUAAUACGGUUUAUGAGUAAUUAGGUUUAUUUUUCCUGCUAAAAAGAAUGGCUCAUUGUUUUCCUUUUAGACAUAAUCAAAUACCCAAGCAUUGUUUUGUUUUUCUUCUUCCUGUAGGAUUUGCAUUGUGCUUAGCCUUGAUCUGUUGUUCAGAACAGUUGUCCCUUCCCAGGUGCUAGCUUGCAGCAGCCUGUUGCGUCGUGAACAUUCCAGAUAGGUUGUAUGUCUUGGAAUUUACUAUACUCACUAGCUCCUUCCACCAUAGGAAGUCCUUGAGUUGUAUCACCAAAGGGUUCUUCCAUCAGCCCUGGUUCUCCCUCUAUCCCAGCCUGGCAGUCACUUCCCACCUUAUCCCAAGCUUUGCCACUCUAAGUGCUGUCUCUAGGACUUAGAACUUGCAAAAUUUGAUUUGUCUUGCCUUCCACUUCCUUUCUAGCGGUGACUGAGUUGAAAAGCAAGUUGGAAGCCACUGCUUUGAAAGAAAAGUUUUGCUUGGUUUAGGUUUUUCCAAUUUUAUUUUCGGUAGGAGCCAGGGGAUAUUAUAAGAUUUAUUUUAAAAUAAAAUUCCUCUUCCUAGGUUAAGCCAUUUUUUUUAAUUGCUUACCAAAUGUGCCUUUGGUUAGGGUUAGUGGAGCUUUAUUAGUCACUAUUUGAAUAACUGGAAAUCACUGCCAUUUCAAGGAGAUCACCUAUCCUAGUUUGGAGGAAUAGUCUUCAAAGUGGGUUUCCUUAAUGGCAUCUCUUCCAGUAGGCAGAUCUCUUUGAGCAAGAUAAAUCCUAAAGAGCCAGCCUGCUUGAGGAGUAGACUUUGUGGGUGAAGCCAGCUCUUCAGCACAAACAUCAUGUCGAGUUUUUUUGGGCUGCCCAUGUAGCAUCCCGGCCGUGGCCUGGCCCUUUGUGGCAGCAGUGGCACAGACAAGCAACUGCUCAUUCCAGAUUUAGUGUUGGCUUUACAGCACUCCCUACAGUGGGCAGGGUGAUGAGACCGUGGAACAGCUGCCUGCUUUUGGUUAAGCAUUGCUAGAUGUCAUUAUUAGGACACAGUAGCAAUAAGAUUGCUGACUUUGUAGUAUUAGAAAAUCACACUGAGCUUGUUUUUCCAAAUUUUGAAGGAGGUAUAUAUCUGCAAACAUUUAAAAUGGUAUAAUAUCAAUAUAAAAUGUCAAGAUUAGCGCAGGUCUGGAUCUCAAAGAACAGGUAAUAUUGCUUGGACGUUCUUUUUUUUUUUGAGAUGGAGUCUCACUCUGUCACCCAGGCUGUAGUGCAGUGGCAUGAUCUUCACUCACUACAACCUCCACCUCCCAGGUUCAAGUGAUUCUCCUGCCUCAGCCUCCCGAAUAGUUGGGAUUACAGGCACCUGCUACCACAUUCGGCUAAUUUUUGUAUUUUUAGUAGAGGCAGAGUUUCACCAUGUUGGCCAGGGUGGUCUUGCACUCCCAACCUCAAGGAAUCCACCUGCCUUGGCCUCCCAAAGUGCUGGGAUUAUAGGCGUGAGCCACUGCGCCUGGUACAAGAUAAAUUUUCUUUUUUUUUUUUUUUGAGACAGAGUUUCGCUGUUGUUACCCAGGCUGGAGUGCAAUGGCACGAUCUUGGCUCACCACAACCUCCGCCUCCUGGGUUCAAGCAAUUCUCCUGCCUCAGCCUCCUGAGUAGCUGGGACUACAGGCGCGCACCACCAUGCCCAGCUAAUUUUUGUAUUUUUAGUAGAGAUGGGGUUUCACCAUGUUGACCAGGAUGGUCUUGAUCUCUUGACCUCAUGAUCCACCCGCCUCGGCCUCCCAAAGUGCUGGGAUUAUAGGUGUGAGCCACCACGCACGGCCCCAAGAUAAAUUUUCAUUUCAGGGAAGGAAUAAAAAUGUCUGGAAAGUGUAGCAAUGAUUCCUGGAAUCAGAAUUUCACUACAUUAAUACCCUCAGGUAAGCAGUCGUGAAGCCUCUAUGCAAUGAGAGCAUUAUUAAUAUGAGAUGUUGAAUGAUGUGUUUACAGACUUCAGCAGCAAAGCUACGUGGUUGAGGUUUUCUGUGUUAAUGUGAAAGGCUAAGCCACUAAGAUUUGCAGGGGAGCUUCUGAGCCACCCUGCUCAUAGGUUAUAUGAAGAUGUAAAAUAGGUGUGAUUUAAAUAUGAGCAGGAAAUGCAAGGCAUGUGUUCAUUUCACUCAUUUUGGUCAAGGUUAAACUGAUGUGUGUAGCACUGAGGUCUGUAGGGUUCUUAAUAACGACUUUUGAGUCUUAGUGUGAAAUGAAAGUGUGGGAUGUUUCCUUUGUCCACUAGCAGCCCCAAGAACCAGAGCCCUUAUGCUGCUUGUCUUACACACUUAACAGCUCUCCAAUCAUGAUAACCAAGGUUGUUCUUCAAUCAAAUGUGUUUUUGGGAUUUUCAGCCCACAAAUGAAGUGCUCUGUAAUGAAUGGGACACCAUGAUAAAUAUGUAUUUAUAUUUAGAUGCCAAAGUAUGGCAAAUUAUUUUCAAAUGAUAAUGAAAAAUGGGCAUUUUCAAUAUUCUACCUUUUUUAUAGAACCAGCUCACUUUUCAUUUCUUUUUCAUUUUGAAUUAAGCAAAUUGUUGAAGAUGUGGUGGGUUCCAGUGUGUAGAAUGGAAAGGAACUGCAGAAUUAUGUCCACUCCCCAUUCAGAGGGACUGCUUCCUGUGCCCCCACCAAACCCGGGGCUUAGACAGCUUCUCCACAUUCCACACAGAUGCCUAGGAGCAGCCAAUUGGUAUAUGAAACAUCUCCCGCCUCUUCUCCUAAAACUUCUCUCCUUUCUCUUCAUAAAAAGAAAAGGAAAGGAACAAAAGAAAAACGUAAGUCCUUUCCUGAAGUCAUCAAAUGAAAUAUUACCUGGAAAUUAGUAUCUAAUGUUUCAUAUGAAGAAAUACUUCAUAUGUUUUCAUAUGUAUGUUCAUACAGUAUUUAUUAGAUAGUUGUAACUCACCUUCCUAGUAGACAAGAGUUUCAGGUUAAAUGCUGGAACAUAUAUAGGCAAUCAAAAAUACUACUUUAAAUGUCAUCCACCUAUUUUAAAGCCAUGUUUUAGCACUUUUUAGGCCAAAGAAGGUCUGAUAGUGCCUGUUUUUAUCUUCUGUGCUGAAAAUUAUUGCAUGGCAGGAGAGAUUGGAUUAUUUAUUAUAUUUUUAUAAGUAAAAAAUAUUUCUAAACAACAAAUAACCUAACAUUAUUACUAUUUUCCUAAUUUAUCCUACUAAGUUGAAUGGUAACAAAGCUUUUUCCAGCUGACUGAAUGCACUUAGCUGAUAAAUGGAAUUUGUUUCUUUUUUUCCUUUCUUUCUUUUUUUGAAACAGGUUCUCACUCUGUCACCCAGGCUGGAGUGCACUGGUAUGAUCAUAGCUGACUGCAGCCUCAACCUUCUGGGCUCAAAUGAACCAUUCACCUCAGCCGCCUGAGUAGCUGGGACCACAGGUGUGUGCCACCACACCUGGCUAAUUUUUGUGUUUUUUGUUUUGUGUUUUUUUUUUUUUUUUUAGAGACAGGGUUUCGCCAUAUUACCCAGAGUGGUCUUGAACUCUUGAGCUCAAGCAAUACUUCUGCCUCAGCUUCCCAAAGUGCUGGGAUUAUAGAUGUGAGCCACUGCACGUGGCCCCAGAAAUUAUGCUUAAAAAAAAAUUUCAAGCUGUGUGGAAUCUGGACAAGGCUGUGUUUGUCCUAGAAACAGGAUUUGCUGUAAAUGGUUUUGAUGGACAAAAGUGUGAGAAAAGGUUAUAAUAGAUUUUUUUAAAUUUUGUGAGAAACUCCAGGUCUUCUUGCUUAACUUAUAUGCAUGUGGAUAUAUGUUUGUUUUCAAAGCCAUGGAAGAAUCUCUGUUCAUAUAUUUUAAUGCAAAUUAUCUUGUAUGCUGCUAUGCAAAUUUUAUUAAAAGCCCUACCUGCUUAAGAGUUAAACAUUUUUUAAACUUUCAGGGAAGACCUGUAGAUUCAAGCACUUUUUCUGCUUUUUUUGUAUCUUAUCUUGGACACUUAUGCUGAAUUAUGUUAUUAUUUUCACUGGUUAUAAGCUAUUGCUUGUACAUAUUUAAACUAUCCAAAUAUCCAGCAUACAUUUCCACGUGGCUGCCAUCGGCUGUUGAUGCCAUGAAUGAAAUGGCUGGUUAGAAAGCCAAAGAUCUUCUUUUUCCAAUCCCUAAUGAAUAAGUAAAAUGCCAGAUCUUUUUGGUCUCAAAGCAAAUUGUUCUGAUCAGAUCAAAUAUCUAUGUAAUGAAAAGGGACUUACUUAAAUGUGGGAUUCUGCUUAAAAUUUAAGUUGAAUUUGACUGUAUUCAUAUUCAUUCUUUUUAUAUAUCUCUGUCAGGUAUGACAUUAAGUACCAAGUGGUAUUAUAUUCGACUUUGAGUUUGGAAAUCACUUUCAGUUAAAUUUCAGUUGAAAUUGUGGCUUUGUUUUUUAACCCCACUGAAGAUGAAAGUAGAGGAAUCUGCCAAAUCCUACUGUUACCUCUGUGUGCCCUUAUUCUAAUUGCUUGGUAAUCUAAAAUUACUCUGACUUUCCAUGUACUGUCUUUAAAAACCAAUUGUAGCCAUCUGCCCCCCUCUACCCUUUAAGCUAAAUCUUUCACUGUGCUGGAUACAUAGACACUCGAUAAAUGUGUGAUGAUAGUUCUAAAAUAAUUAUGCUAUAUAUCAGGGUUGUGUAUUUUUGAGCAAUAUGGUUAUUCCUAUGCUGUGAUGCUAAGUAGAAUUUAUUUUACACUAGUAAUAGACUACUUAAGUGGCUGAUUUGAAACCCUUUCUCUAAAAAAACAAACAUCUGGCAGAUGAGUGACAAAUUCAUUCUCUUAAAGGAUAGAAUUUCAAGUUAAGGGUAAGGUACAAUAAAUAGGCACAUAGAGCACAUCUGUUUUUUGUUUUGGUUUUAGUUUUUUUGUAUCUUUCUGACUAAACUGCCAGCUAGAAGAAUGGUUGUUAUAUAAUAACUCAGAAGAAUCUUUUAACAAGAUUUCUUUUGUUUCAAAACAUAAACUUGAGCAUAAUUUCUUGCCACCUCUAUUCUUCCCAUAUUGCGUGACUGAACUAAAAGCUUAUUCUAGUUUUAGAAGAGGAUCCACAUUUAAUGUAAUGCAUAAAUAAGCCUUUUGCAAAUUAUUGCUUGUUAUCCAGUGAACAUUUGAUCAUAGUCAAGAGAAAUCUACCAUAUAAGCCAUAAUCUUUGAAUUGCCCCUUUUAAAAUAGAUUGGUUAAAACCAAAACCUGUAAGAGAGAAAUGAUACUUCAUUAUAUUGUAGGUUUGAGAAUCCUGGUUAGAGUUAUAAUUUCUGGCUGAGUAUGGUGGCUCACACCUGUAAUCCCAGCACUUUGGGAGGCUGAGGUGGGCGGAUUACCUGAGGUCAGGAGUUUGAGACCAGCCUGGCCAACAUUGUGAAACCCCAUCUCUACUAAAAAUAUAGAAAGUUAGCCGGGCAUGGUGGCAGGCACUUGUAGUCCCAGCCACUCAGGAGGCUGAGGUGGGAGACUCGCUUGAACCCAGCGAGGGUCCAGUGAGCCAAGAUUGUGCCAUUGCACUCCAGCCUGGGCAACAGAGCGAGACUUCAUCUCAAAAAUAAAUAAAUAAAAGAUUUAUAAUUGCUGAGUCCUCUAAGUACCUUUUGCAAUAAUCUUACAUCCAUGCUAUUGACACAAACUUUGAAACUGGAAAGCUAACUAAUGUAUUCAUGUGUUCUUUGACCUAACAAACAUGUAUUAAUAUUAUAAUUCUACACCAGGUAUUCUGAAGGGUCUAAAAGAAAGUUUCUGCCCUCAAGUAGCACAUAAUCCAUUAUUUCUCAGUCACACCAUGCCAUCUGUUUGUCAUUCAGCAGUUAAGUAAUUCACCACUUAAUAUUUUUACCAAAGUCUAUGUUCAAGUGUGUUAUCUGGAUCUGGCAAACUGGAAAAUGUUUGAAGGGAUACUCAGGUUUUGAUCUAUGCCAAUAUGAAAGGACUCCAAGCACAUUUAAGUAGGCCGGUCUUUUCCUCAUGCAUGAUUUUUUUUUAAUGGAAAAUUAGACUUUAGUUUGGGAAAGAGAACAGAGAACAGUAUACAGUAUCCUUUAUAAGGUAAAUCAUUAGCAACAAAAAUUAAGUUUUAUUGCCCAAAGUGGAUCAAUGAGAAAGUCUUUUUAAAAUGGCUUCUUUUACUAUAACAGCAAAACUAAAUGCAUAUUUUAUCAGUCCCUUAUUUCUAAAUUUUGUUGUAUUCAUUUCCACACUUAAAGUAUUUAAGCAUUUCAUUUGCUGAAAGUCCUUAUAUACAUGGUAGACAGAGUCCAUUAAUGAUAGAUCAAAAUGAAGAUGUUUAAAAAUUAACAAAAUCAGCCCAAGGUGAGAGGAUCACUUUAGCCCAGGAAUUCUAGACCAGCCUGGGCAACACAGCGGGAUCCCGACUCAAUCCAAAAAAUUAAAUAAAACGUUUUAGCAUUAAAAAAAUAAAAUGAACAAAAUUUCACUUAUACCAGGACACACUGGCAUUUGGACUCAGUGAAAAGUGCACCUAAAGAAAAUAAAGUUGACUGAAUGUUUUCCGUAAUUUUCACACAGUAACAGUCCCUUUCUAUCCAUCUUGCUUUCCAUUUAUGUCUAGGGUUAGCUUUUCAGGCAACGUCGUCAGUCAUGCCCAGAAAGUACCUGAACUAUCAGCGACUGAAAUGGCACAGGGAACUGAAUCACAUGGGUGCCCUCCCCUUGGUUUUCAACUGUCCUGGAGUUGUGCACAAAAAUUAGGUCAUGCCUUCAGGGUCUUGGUCUUUACUUUUAACCUACCCUUUGACAAUCAGGUGCUAAUGAUUGUAUAUUAUUAAAACCAGCACAUAGUAUUAUAAAUGUGUGUUCCUCCUAGGUUGGAAGAAAUGCUUUCCUUCUAUCUGGGUCCUGGGUUUUGGUUUUGGUUUUGGUUUUGGGUUUGGGUUUUUUUGUACUUUUUUUUAAUUCUGGAUCCUGUUAAAGUGGGUGUCAGUUGUGUCUUUUCACCUCUAUUCUGUGGAUUAAUAGAAUUGGGUGGGGAGGAGAGGAAAUGAUGAUGUAAACUGAGUUUCAGGUUUGGCAUAGUCAUCAUUCUUGAUGAAAUUCAUCUCACUUUGUAGCGAAUCUGCCCUUGUCGUAGGAACAGGUUUCAGAUUCUGCCCUCCACUAUAGGACUCCAGUAUUAUGUUUACAAUCCAUUGAAUGAGUGCAUCAGUAGAAGACCUUGAUGCCCCAAAAAAUCUGUGUCCUUUUUGGUACCAAACCUGAGGUCUUUUGGAGAUAAUAUAGAAAACCACUACCUAUUGAAGGCCUAUUUUGGCUAAUCUGUGCAAACUCUGAUUAUACCCAUGUAUAUGGAUUCUUUCCCACACUACUUUCAUUUUUAAGUAUAAAGACAUAGAAAACUAGAAUAAUGUUUUUAAGUCUGUGAUGUUCUGGGGUUUUUCCUUCUUUUUUAGAAUGCUGUAUUUAAACAGGACUUCUUUUUAAGUCUUGUUUGAAAUUUAAGUCUCAGAUCUUCUGGAUACCAAAUCAAAAACUCAAGGCAUAAAACAGGGCAGUAUUUGUGUUCUUAAUUUUAAAAAAGCUUUAUGUAUACUCUAUAAAUAUAGAUGCAUAGACAACACUUCCCCUUGAGUUGCACAUCAACAUAUAGCAUUGUACAUUACAAUGAAAAUUUGUAACUUAAGGGCAUUAUAUAUAUAAAUACAUAUAUACCUUUGUAACCUUUAUACUAUAAAUAAAAAAAUUGCUUUAGUCAUGA